AAAAAAGAUAACUGAAGGAUGGCUACAGCUUUAGUUUCUGCAGGACAAUCUAUAAGUAAAUUGAUCUUAUUCAAAGGUGUAGUUGGAACCUAUGUGUAACAAGAUAUAGAGACAAGAUUACAGCAAGAUGUGUAUAAGAAGCAAAUCAGAGUCAGAGAAUUCUUUACUGAUUUCGAUCGAUUGAGAAAGGGCUGGGUGACAGAAGACAAGGUAUUAUUGAGUGAUUCACCUUUAGUUUCGCUCUGCAUUAUCUAUGAUUAAUUUUCAUUUUACGAAGGAGGAUAUCGAGGAAAUCAUUAGGAGAUACAAACUAAACGAUGGCCUAGUACAAUACACAACGUUUUGUAACAAACUUGAGGAGCAAUUUCUGAACAAUGAAGCGAAGGCUUAAGUAUUUCAAGCUCCCCAAGUAUUGAUUUGAUAUAAUUAGAUUUUCAACUAAGAUGAAGAGGACACUGUAAAAAGAUUGAUGUUGGCUAUUAAAAGAAAGAUAGCAACAAAGAGAAUAUUCUUAAAAUAGCCAUUUUAAGAUUUUGAUAGAACUGCAUGUUCCCAUAUUACCAUUGAUCAAUUUUCAAGAGUGUUGAAUUAAUUAGGAUUAUUGCCAAAAGACCAAUAUUUACAAUUACUUAUAAGACAAUACAUCGACAAUGGAAAUCCGAAGGAAGUUAAUUACGUAAAGUUUUGUGACGAUGUUGACAAUGUGUAAGAAAUGCUCAGCGGAGUUAUCACAGGAAUCAAAUAGAAUCCAAAAGAUGUAAAAAUGAUUAAUAAUUGUAUUAGGUCCACCCUGAUGAUGACUUCAUUGAAGACAAGGAGGGAUUAGAUUUGAUAUCGACCUUGUUCACAUCAAAAAAGUUGACAGAUAAUAUCAACACAUUGCAUCAAGUAUUGAAGAAGAUCUAAGGAGAUGUUGUAAUGAAGAGAAUCAGAAUAAGAGAGUUCUUUAAAGAUUUUGAUCCUUUGAGAAAAGGAUUGGUGACUGAAUCUUAAGUAUACCAUCUAAUAAAUUGGUUUAGUUUGCUAGAAUUUUGCAUCUCCAGAACAUCCCUGUAUCGGAAAAAGAAAUAUAGAUAUUGCUGAGUCAAUACAAAGUUGAUAAGAUUCCAAAUGGAUAAGUGGAUUACAAUCAAUUUUGUGAGGAUGUUGAUAAAAUAUUCACCAUCAAGGGCAUAGAUAAGGAACCACAGGCACAAGUUCCUUAAAUUGAUGACUCGACUACUUUACCUGCCAGAAGAAGAUAUCUACAGAUGACAGAAUAGGAGGCAAUUUAAUUGGAUGAGUUGCUUAUGAAAUACAAAUAGGCCAUUCAAAAUAAGAGAGUGCUAUUAAAACCGGUGUUUGAAGAUUUUGAUAAAACGAAAUAAGGUUACAUCACAACUAAUCAAUUUCUAAGAAUCCUGAAUCAAUUCAAUCUAUUUCCAGACCCAGUUUCAUUAAAUCUAUUGUUGAAGAGAUUUGUAGAUAAGGCAAAUUUAAAUGAAGUCAAUUACUAUGACUUUUGUAGAAUUGUAGAUUAAUCAGAUGAAGGAGUAGCCAUUAGUAGAUCACAUGCGGAUGCAUUCAAGAAUUAUGUGAAAUCGGAUAAUUAGAGUCAAGCCUUCAUUAGAAAUGAUUAACCAAAUGAUUUUGAAGAUUUGAUGGCCAAAUUGAGGAGAAUUGUCAAAGAAUAAAGAUAGAGAAUUGCUGAAUUCCUAAGAGACUUUGAUAAAUUGAGAAGUGGCACCAUCACAGUGACUCAACUCAGAAAAGGAUUGAGUAUGGCAAAGAUCCUCUUGUCAGAUGCAGAAUUCUAAUUGAUUCUUAACAAUUUUGGUUGUAAAGAUAAGCAAGGAUUUGUUUAAUGGAAGGAAUUCACUGAUUAGGUAGAUUAAGUAUUCACUACAAAAAAUUUGGAAAAGGUAAGUCCAUCGGAAGAUGUGCCUUUAAUGUCUACUCAAUAUAAUUAUGGUAGAGUGUCAAUCACUGAAAGAGACAGACAAGUAGCUGAAGUAGUGAAAAAGAAGUUUUAAUAUUUUUGUAAGGCUACCAGACUAGAUAUCAAAUAAUUCUUUUAAGAUUGGGACAAAUUAGGAAGAAAUAAAGUGUCUCCCAAAUAAUUUAGAUAGACAUUAGCUACAGUAAACUUUAUAUUGUCAGAUGAAGAAUUUUAAGCAGUCGUCAAGAUCUAUGCUGCAGAAGAUGACGGAGAUAUUAGAUAUGUUCAAUUCAUAAAUGAUACCUAACCGCCAUUGGAAAUUCAAACUGAGUCUGGAGCAUCUCAAGCGUAUGUUGGAGUUAAGCCCAAAGAGAAAGAAAAAGUACAUACUUCCAUUUAAUAUUAGUUAUAACCUUCAGUUUUAUUGGAAUAGAUAAAGGUGGCUGUCAAAGUGAAGAGAUUGAGAUUGGGAGAUUAUUUCAAGGACUUCGACCCUUUGAGGAAGGGAUUGAUGCCGACAAAUAAAUUCAGGGGAGUCCUAAGCCAGAUGAAGAUCGAUUUAGAUUAAGAAAGUUUGGAUCUACUAGAAACCAUGUAUGUUGUUCCUGAGGAUCCCAUCAGAGUCAAUUAUGCAAAGUUUAUAGAUGACGUAGAAAUCGUAUUUACCAAAACAGUAAUUUAUCUAUUUUACAUCUUAUUAGGGAUUAGAUAAGGAUCCAUUGAUGAAACCACCUGUUCAUAUCAUCCCCACCUUCCUUGAUCCUAGAGAUGCUUUGACUCAAGAUGAGGAGGAGGCCUUACAUGCAAUUAUGUUAAGACUUGGUGAAGUCGUUAGAAAGCAUAGGAUUUUGCUUAAGCCUCACUUUCAAGACAAGGUAUAGAAUCUAUAUGAGACUUGUUUAGGAUAAAACUAAAUCAGGCAAAAUCACUUUUACUAGAUUUAGAUCCAUUAUGGACUUUCACAAAUUACCCUUAACUGAUGAUCAAUUCAGAGUAAUUUGCAAAAGGUUUAUUAAUUGUUUAUAUUAUUUUAGAUUCGCAUAUUAAGGCAUAGAAUUUAAUUAUGUUGAGUUUGAUGAGAUUUUAAAAAAGUAUGAGAACUUUUAUCAAUGA